UCAGUUUCACUCUAGCUGCGAACGAAGUUAAAAGCUUGCGGAUUUUAAUAAAGAUGGGCAGUAACUGGUAUCCAAUAUUGAUUGUAACCUGUUUAAGUCGGUUUGGAUUAGCUCAAGAACCUCUUAUAUUUCAAACAUCGAACAACCCAUUGGACAGUGCUGCUCUAACAACGCCAAGCCCGAUUUUCUCCGCCAGUUCCAACUUAGUAUUGGUCAACAAUGUAAGGAUACCUGGUGCUAUCACACCAUUCGUAUCAGCACCGGCCCCGAGCCAGGAAUUUCUGAACUGCUUUGGUAGUUGCCCCACGACAUCGCAGUAUAGUCCCAUAUGUGGCAGUAAUAUGCAGCAAUAUAUGAACGAGCAGAAAUUCAAUUGCGCCCGUUUCUGUGGUGCAGACAUACAAAUAGUACGACGAGGAAGCUGCGAGGGUCUUUUUGCGAUGACUCGCGGCUGAUAUUCUUCAGACAACAACUAAUCCCAGUUUAACUUACAAAAUGUAUACAUAUGUAUUCUAAUACAUCGAACUCAGAGAUGUUUCCGUCAAAACAAAAUUUUUUCCGUGGAGUUCCCAAUUCAUGAAAAUUUGAUAAGAACAAAGAGAGAUGAGAAACUGUAUAUAGACGCCACAAAUAUAGGUAUAUAGAGAAAAUAUAUGUGUAUACGUACUUCUGGAAAAAGCAAUCUUGAUAACGUUGGUUGACGCACUUGCACAGAGUGUCGGAGUAGAUUAUAUAGACAGUUCCGGUCUGAAUUUUGAAGAGAAUACACGAUGUUGUCGACGUAUCACUUGGCCGUAAUCACGGGUAUAUUACACAUACACAUAUUUGAACCCGUGUGAAAGUUCCCCAUAACUUACCGUUCGAUUUCCAUUAAGCUGUGCUUUUUGGGUUUCUGCAAUUCCAGGGUAUCGUAGUAGCCAGAGUUACUGCCCCAGUAUAUCGUCGUCCAAACGCCACAUUUACGCCCGCCCGCACCCAUAACGGUGGUUACAAUCACUCGAC